UUCAGCAACUCACCGACUACGCGGCGUGGAUAGAUGGUUGAUACCUUUCGUAACGCCGUCCCCGCUUCACACUGCCGGUCCACUUGACCUCCACAACGCGAACGCUUUCCUCACAACCAAGAAGCCGAAGAAGGCGCCGAGAAUGUAGACGACUAUACGCCACGUCCGAAGACCGCCUUCGCCGAUCCCGAAGGCUUGCCCCGCGCGGCGCGUUGUUUGGGCCAAUGUGGCGCCAAACGAGCUGAAACGAUCACCCUAGGCUCCUUGAGUACCCAAUAUAGGACUGGGAGACUACACACUGUCUCGUCCAGCAUAAGGUUCUGCCGCUCUACGUCGUCAUGGAUGUCUGUGGUGAUCUGCAGUAUAUAUAACGAUUAGCAUUAGGGUCGGGCGGGUCGGAGCCACCGAAGGAGCGCACCCCACGCAGCGUACGGAGCUUCCCGUGAAGCUCAUCUAGCCUUUGGUCAUUUUGGGAUUCGUAGGUAUCCUCAAGCGCGCGAUCCCUAGACGUGGACAUGGUCGUUCUUUCGAGGUGAGGCACAGUAAUUGACGGCCGUCGGAUGGAACUGAUGGCGGCCGCAUAGCCACAUCCCAUGUCUCUGCCGCAGGCCCACUACGACCCGAGAAGGGUUUGCCUCAACCCGUUUCCCAACAUCGAGUUGGGAAAACAUCGCCGCACUCUUGGUGUAUACCUCGCUGGGGGUCUCUUCGCACUAGCCAAUUGGCUGUUCUUAGACGCAUGCAUCGUUUCCGCUCACGCAAAGGCUCCCUGGGGUCAGCCUGACACCCCUGUCCCAGUCCACGUCUCAUUCGUUGACUGGGUGCCGGGAAUUUGCUCUCUCCUCGGAUACCUCGUCAUCAACCUUAUCGACAAGGACCGUAUCCGUGGUGAGGACUUUGGAGACCCUCGCGCUGUCUGGAGAGCCCGGCUUUUUCUAUUCAUCGGGUUUGCCUUGAUGGCAGGUGGACUCGCGGGUAGCGUGAGCUUACUUGUACUGAAGUACGUCCUUCCGGCACAUGACGCCCAGUUCAAGUACUAUGGCUACGCGGCCGUCUCCCAGAACGUUGCCCUCAUGCUGUCUGUGGUUGUACUGUGGAUGGCACAGCACACAACAGACGAGUACGAAUACCAACUCACUCUCUGAGCGGUCUAAUUAUCCAGAUGUUAUCUAUGCGUGUGUGUAAUCAUGUUGUCGUGUCCCCGCUUGUACAACUCCAAAAGAGAUCAUCCGAUUAGAUCGUCAAUCAGACCCGCUCACAUCCUCGGCGGCGCCACUGGCCGCUGGAAUCGCCUCUUCCUUGCGUUCCCAUACUUCGUGUAUGAGACUGCGCGUAUCUUCCAGCCCGCGGUUCCGCGUACUUGGACUUGUCAUUGUUGUUCCCAGACUGGCCUGUCUGCCAUGUCCGCGACGGAAAGGUGUGGGGAUCGUUGACGGAGCGGACUCGGAGGCUGGGCCGACUGCGGAGUCAGCAGCGGGCUCUGGAUCGGGUGCCGACAUGAGAGCCUUGCCCUGCUCCGAGCUCGCGUCAACCAGUUGCGGAGGCAGUCGCUCGUUCUCGAUAUCUGAUAUCCGACUAUGACAUGUUAGCCUUGGAGGCCUGUCCUGAAGAACCGGAGGCCAGUGUCCCAUACGGCAACUUGGCGGACCCAGAUAUGUUCUUGAGCUCCGACACUUUCUCCGACUCCUCUCUGCACAACGGUCAGCGACGGACGGCGUGAUUGAGAGAGGGCGGGAGCGAACCGAAGUAACGAGAAUACCAGAGACAUCCGGCCGACAGCCAUAAUCUUGUUUUUAAUGACCUGCUGCCUGGCUUUGGUGUCUUCAGUCACAGUCGGGGAGGACGCUUCGUCCCGCUCCUCCAGUUCUUCCUUUGUGCACGUGUUCAGCACUGCGACGAGCAUGUGCGUGACUGCGAGAUAGUCAGCACUGCCUUGGCCGAAAACGGUAUCAUGUAAAUCAAGCGCACUCUUCUCUCCGACGAACGGCAGACUCCAGGUGAAAACAUCCAUAAAGUUGGGGAGCCAGUACGGAUGUGGACUGUAAUUGAAUUGGCGGAUGUUCAUCACAUCGUUUUCGUAUCUUGUGGAGAUGAUCAGCUAAAUAGAAGCACAGCGCGUUUGGUAGCCC